AUGUUGUCCAUCUCACGACGUCAAAUCCACACGCGGCAACGCUUGGCGAUAAAGGUGCUCUCCUUCGACGCGAUGGACACGCUGAUCCGGUUGCGCGAGAGCCCGGCCACCGUUUAUAGCAGGCAAGCCGAGAAGAUGGGGCUUCAGGUAGAUGAAUCUCUGGUGAAAUCGGCGUUUCCAUCAGCUUUCUCCCGGCUAGCGCACGAAUUCCCGGGAUUCGGGCACUCGUCCGUGGGUGCUGAGCGAUGGUGGGCCCACCUCAUCCACGCCGUAGUACAAGCAGGCGCCAAAUCGCCGCCGAGCAAAGCAAAGCUCGAAUCGCUCUCGAAAUUUCUCUACGAGUACUACAAGGACCCGCAGCAUUGGAAACCUUGCGACGAAAAGAUCCCAGAGGUGCUCGAGAAGCUGCGCGCGCGAAAGAUUCCGCUCGCUAUUAUCUCGAAUUUUGACGGGCGACUUCGUGACUUGCUGAAAUCUCUAAAAAUGGCCGACUACUUUGAGUACAUCGCAUUGAGCGGCGAGCUGGGCCACGACAAGCCGGAUCCCAGAAUAUUUCAGACGGUCAUCGACCAUUUCAAACUGGCCACCCCUGCCGAGCUGCUUCAUAUCGGUGAUCACCCACGGAAAGACUACGAAGCCGCGCGGAAUUUCGGAGCCCACGCCCUACUUUACGACCCGAAACAAACCACCGACGACGACAAAAAUAGGAUAUCCGAUUUUGAAAGUAUCUUUGAAUUUUUGCCGGUAAAUGCU